CCGGGUGUUUCUCCGAUGCAGGGUUUAACGAGGAACUAUAGACGCUGGUGUUAGGCUGUGCUGCAUAGAGAAUCCGGGUCUAUGGCGUAAAAUGCCCGCGAGAAUAAAAAAUAAAGGGGGAAAUAACAUGUCUUCUAGGGACAACGGAAAUAGCCCCGCCUUGCGGCGCGCGGGGCUAGCGGGGAGGUGGUGGCGCAUGCGCAGUCAGAGUGGCACCCCCCACGUGUAUUAGGGGACGGUGUGCGGCGCUCAGCAAGUCACAGGGCGGUGAGCGGAGGGACUCGGUUCGCCAUGGCAGGGAAAGCAUUUAGGAAGUUUCUUCCCCUGUUUGACCGUGUUCUGGUUGAAAGAUGUGCAGCUGAGACUGUAACCAAAGGAGGCAUCAUGCUUCCGGAAAAAUCUCAAGGAAAAGUGCUACAAGCAACAGUAGUGGCAGUUGGAUCGGGAUCCAAAGGAAAGGAUUUUUACAAUUGGCCUGAUGAAUCCUUUGAAGAAAUGGAUAGCACACUAGCUGUUCAACAGUAUAUCCAACAAAACAUAAGGGCAGACUGUUCUAACAUUGACAAAAUCUUGGAACCUCCUGAAGGGCAGGAUGAAGGUGUAUGGAAGUAUGAACAUUUACGACAAUUCUGUCUCGAGCUCAAUGGACUUGCUGUCAAGCUUCAGAGUGAAUGCCACCCAGAUACAUGCACUCAGAUGACAGCAACUGAACAAUGGAUUUUUCUUUGUGCAGCCCAUAAAACUCCUAAAGAGUGUCCUGCUAUAGACUACACCAGGCACACGCUUGAUGGAGCUGCAUGUCUUCUGAAUAGCAAUAAAUAUUUCCCCAGCAGGGUUAGCAUAAAGGAAUCCUCUGUAGCCAAACUAGGAUCAGUGUGCCGUAGGAUUUACAGAAUAUUUUCCCAUGCGUAUUUUCAUCAUCGGCAGAUAUUUGAUGAAUAUGAAAAUGAAACCUUUUUGUGUCACCGGUUCACUAAAUUUGUGAUGAAAUAUAAUUUGAUGUCCAAGGAUAACCUGAUUGUACCAAUUUUGGAAGAGGAGGUGCAGAAUUCAGUGUCUGGGGAAAGUGAGGCAUGAUGGGAAUUGUGGUACAGAAAGCAACUGUACUAAACACACAAUUGACAUUAUGUACUGUAUAUAUCAUUUUAGACACUUCAAUCAUGUAUCCUUAUUAUAGCUUUGUUUAGUAUACUUUUGUAUGCUGUGUGCAUUGCCUUUUAAUAUGGGAAAUACUUUAAGUUAUUCAUGAACUGUAUAUUCAUCAAUGUGGCACUCCAUGGUUUUUAAAUAAAAUUAGUAUUAUCUGUUUAUAAUACCUGUUAAUAAAAGAAUAACAGUUGUGUAAAAUUGCUGCUAAACAAUCAUUGGAUCACAGUCCUCAAAUGUGUCUGAUUAAAAAAGAUAAGUGAGA